CCCACUUCUUUCUCUUCCGUCUUUUAUUUCAUUUUCAAUUAUUUCGUGUUUUUCGCCUCCCCGUCUCGGAACCCUAAGCUGAAAAAAAUCAUCAGCACCAGAGAAGAAAGAGAGCAACGACAUCCACGAAGACGAAAUUUUAUCAGGAAACAAACACCAGCAACGCCUUCCCAGCGAUUUUACUUCUUCUUCUAGUUCACUCUCGAUUUCUGGGUCUUUGCUGGGUAAGAAAUGCAGCACCAUCAGCAAAGGUUGAUGCACCAAGCUCUCCUCCAGCAACAGUCUCUUUACCAUCCGGGCCUCCGUGCUCCACCUCAGAUUGAGCCGAUUCCCAGCGGAAAUCUGCCUCCUGGUUUUGAUCCAAGCACUUGCCGCAGUGUGUAUGUGGGAAACAUCCAUAAUCAGGUCACUGAACCACUUCUCCAGGAGGUUUUUGCUAGUACUGGCCCUGUGGAGGGUUGCAAGCUUGUUAGAAAGGAGAAGUCCUCUUAUGGAUUUGUACAUUACUUUGAUCGCCGAUCAGCUGCUAUUGCAAUAGUAUCUCUUAAUGGGAGACACUUAUUUGGCCAACCUAUCAAAGUUAACUGGGCCUAUGCUAGUAGUCAGAGAGAAGAUACCUCAAGCCACUUCAACAUAUUUGUUGGAGAUUUGAGUCCUGAGGUCACUGAUGCGAUGCUGUUUGCAUCCUUUUCUGUUUUCCCCAGUUGCUCUGAUGCAAGAGUUAUGUGGGAUCAGACGACUGGACGCUCUAGAGGGUUCGGCUUUGUUUCUUUCCGUAGCCAACAGGAUGCCCAAAGUGCGAUAAAUGAUCUAACAGGGAAAUGGCUUGGUAGUAGGCAGAUAAGGUGCAACUGGGCAACAAAAGGUGCUGGAUCCAAUGACGACCAGCAAAGCUCAGAUGCCAAGACUAUUGUUGAACUAACUAAUGGCUCAUCAGAAGAUGGGAAAGAGCCAAUUAACAGCGAUGCUCCUGAGAAUAACCCCCAGUACACAACUGUCUAUGUUGGCAACCUUGCUCCAGAGGCUACCCAGCUUGAUCUCCAUCGCCACUUCCACUUUCUUGGCGCUGGGGUCAUUGAGGAGGUUCGUGUUCAGCGUGAUAAGGGAUUCGGCUUCGUGAGGUACAGUACUCAUGGUGAGGCUGCUCUUGCCAUUCAGAUGGGGAACACACAAUCGCUUCUCUGUGGGAAACCAAUAAAGUGCUCUUGGGGAAGCAAGCCGACUCCACCUGGGACUAGUUCAAAUCCACUCCCACCACCAGCCGCAGCAAUUCCAAUGCAUGGCCUCUCAGCUGCUGAUCUGUUGGCGUAUGAGCGUCAGCUGGCCAUGAGCAAGAUGGGUGGGGUUUACGCUAUGAUGCACCCACAUGGUCAGCAUCAUCCCCUCAAACAAGCAGCCAUGGGGAUGGGAGCUGGAGCAGGCCAAGCCAUUUAUGAUGGCGGGUUCCAGAGCGUUGCUGCUGCCCAGCAACUUAUGUAUUACCAGUAAUAUAUUGUCCUUCCUACUUGAUCUGAUGCUGUGUGGAUUUACGGGAACAUGUUAGGAGAGCCUUUUCUUCUGUCUUUUGAUAUGUGGCGGUGAAAUGAGUGAUCACCCGCAAUAUAUAUGAUUAUCACUGGAGUGCGUGCAAUCUGUAUUGGGGAGAUGUAAUACCAUAUGUAAUGUCUUUCUUUUAUUUUCUUCUGUUUUCAUGACUGUCCCUUGUUUAGGGGAUAUGAGGUGUCUUUAUAGCAGUCUGGAGUAUGACUGAAUGUUAAAAACCUGUUGUAUUGAGAAACUUGAUGCAAUCGGCAUCCUGUUGCUUCCAAUAAAUUACAGUGUAGACUUGAUUUCCCGCAUAAUUCCAUGCCUUCUGCUUUCUUUUGCCAAGGUUGUUCAUCAGCUCUCGUUGAACAUUCCAACUUAAGAUCGGUGUUUCGUGUGGUCGGGUAGGGUAUGUGUUCAUAUCGAUGAAGACUAGUACAGGAUUGGAACAGCAGUCGAUCUAAUUUAGUUUGGUCUCAUCUUGAUUUCUAUGGUCUAUUUCAUUACAGAUUGAUAGCUCAGUUUGAUAGGUGGUAGACAUGGAAGCUCGAGCAAGCUUUUUAUUUCAUGCAAGUUUGAAUCAUUUACUGAACAUUUACUAUCACAAGUCACAACCAGAAUCAUAGCCCAGAUGGUGAUGUGAUAUCUUAUCUUCAAACUUGCAGCUGUUACGUACAUACUACAUAUACUCGAUUACAGAUCUGGAUUUUUUACAGCCGUGUUUGAUUGUACAUAUGAUAGGAGAUAAGUGGGAGAGGGAGGGGAGGAAAUACCACAUCGGCUAGGAGAGGAUGUUUUGAAUAAGAAAGGAAUAUAAAACAAAAGCUGGGUGCAACCAUUGAACAUACUUACCUGGACGGGAUCUACGGGCGAUCAAUAAGGCCUGUGGUCUAGACCAGUAACCUCCAUUGCACUUAGGAGGGGUGCUGGGCUAAGGUCUCCCCAAUGUGGGAGAGCCUACGUCAUAAUUUGUGGCAGCGGGGGCCUGCGUUCGCGCGGCCCCUACCCAAUUUUUAGUUCAACUUUUUUAUCUAUUCUUUGAUAUAGAGUUUCUUUGGGUUUCAACCUAAGGACCUGUGGAGGAGUUAGGUCGAAACUAGGAGGGGUUAUAGUCCCUCAUUUAUAUAUAAAAUCUGAAAUAAAUAGAGUAAUCGAUAAGGUCUUAAAUCCCCCCCCCCCCCCCCCCCCCCCUCAAAUAUAAUGGUUCAAGUUAGCUCCGUUACAAAUUCUUGACUCCACUAAAGCCCAUUAAUUUUGUGUUCGCAACACACGAAUCUUGCUCUUGGUUAUAAUUUUGUGUUAGUAGACAUUUUAGGGAAUUUAUAAUUAGUAAAUAGGAUUGGAGAUAAGUUGGGGGAGGAAAUACCACAUCGGCUAGGAGAUGAUAUAUAGAAUGAGAAUGGCGUGUAAAAUAAGAGUUGGAGUACAAUCAUUCAACAUACUUACCUGGACGGGAUCUACGUACGAUCAAUAAGGCCUGUGGUCUAGACUGGUGACCUCCAUUGCACUUAGGAGGGGUACUGGUCUAAGGUUUCCCCAAUGUGGAGAGCUUACGUUAUAAUUUCUGGCAGCAGGGGGCUGCGUUCGCGCGACCCUUACUCAAUUUUGAAUUCAACUUUUUCAUCCGGUUUCAGUUAUUGAGUUCCUUGGUAUCCAAUUCGAGGACCAUCAGUGGAAGGGGCUAGGAUGAAACUAGGAGGGGUUAUAGCCCCUUCAAAUUUAAAAUACAGGUAAAUUUACAUUUUAAAUCUCUAAGAAAUAGAGUAAUCGAUAAGGCCUUAAACUCCCCUCCCUCAAAUAUAAUGGUUCAAGUUAGCUUUGUGUAUUCAAAUUCCUGACUCCUCCACUGAAGCGCAUUAAUUUUGUGUUCGCAACACACGAAUCUUGCUCUUGGUUAUAAUUUUGUGUUAGUAGACAUUUUAGGGAAAUUGAUAGUAAAUAGGAUUGGAGAUAAGUUGGGGGAGGAAAUACCACAUCGGCUAGGAGAUGAUAUUUAGAAUGAGAAUGGAGUGUAAAAUAAGAGUUGGGUGCAAUUAUUCAACAUACUUACCUGGACGGGAUCUACGUACGGUCAAUAAGGCAUGUGGUCUAGACUGGUGACCUCCAUUGCACUUAGGAGGGGUGCUGGUCUAACGUCUCCCCAAUGUGGAGAGCUUACGUUAUAAUUUGUGGCAACGGGGGGUUGAGUUCGCGCGACCCCUACUCAAUUUUGAAUUCAACUUUUUCAUCCGGUUUCAGUUAUUGAGUUCCUUGGGAUCCAAUUCGAGGACCAUAAGACAUAAGUGGAGGGGCUAGGAUGAAACUAGGAGGACUAUCAGUGGAGGAGUUAUGAUGAAACUAGGAGGGGCUAUAGCCCCCUUAAAUUUGAAAUGUAGAUAAAAUUUCAUGUAAAAUUGGUAAAAAAAACAAUUAGGAAAUAAAUUACUCAAUAGGGCCUUGCUCCCCCUCCCCCAAAUAUCAUGGUUCAAAUUAACCCUUCUCAUUCAUAUUCCUGACUCCAUCAUUGAAUAUCAUUAAUUUUGUGUUCGCAUCACACGAAUCUUGCUCUUGGGUUAUAAAUUUAUUUUGUGGUUAGUAGACAUUUUAGGAAAUUGAUAGUUAGUAAAGCAUUCUCCAUCACAUAACAUGUGCCAAAUAGUAUUGACAGUUUUGAGCUUUUCAGUCAUUUUCUAAUCUUGCAAGUACUGAUCAUAGAUUAGGGGUGGGCAUUAGUACGGUCAAACUGCUCCGAAUCGCACUAAAUCGCUUUUAACACUUGUGAUUUGACAUGCGGUCUACCUUUGUUAUGGCUCUUGGUUAGCUGUUGAAUUAACUCAAAAUCGCGCAGUUCAAACCUGCAAACCACAAAUAAACAUUCGUUCAGACCAACUUAAUAGCCUCCACAACCGUCACGGUGGCUCUGUCCAAUUCCUCAUUUUUUGGUGUAUAGAAAGACCAACUUAGCCGUUUGAUACAAUGCAUAAGAGAUUGGGAAAGUGGGAAGAAUCAGAAAUGUGAUUUUCAUUCAUGUCUGGGAGUGGUGGACCGAUUUACCUUAAACGUCUGAAAUUAAUAUAGGGAUAAGAAGGCGUAUUUUUGAAAUUUUUGCGCCCCUCUGUCAUUUUCUUCUUGUCCUAUAUUCAGAUGCCAGAGAAGAGAGAUAGACUUUUGACAAAUCAAAGUUUACUUUCUGUACGAUAUAAUAAGCAGGGAAAAAAAACACAAUUUUUGGCUAAAUCUAUGGAUUCUAUCAAUCUACGAUCAAAAUCCUUGUCUCCAAACGAGUCCUGCAUUUAAUUAUCUAUGGAUCCUACUAAACUAUAUGUCUAACUAUGCAAAUGGAGAUAACACUACCCUCUUAUCCCUUUCCUUCCCUCUUUCCCAUCCAAUAAACUUUAAAGCCUCUA